GUCGCUCAUUGUCACCCAUUGACGUAGCAAUCUUUGCUAUUUUCCUCCUGGCCUGCCUCUGGUUCCUGUAUUGCUUUCCCAUCCUUUCGGGACGCGUGCGCAUAGCCCUUGACCGACCUUGUAAAUACCGCAAUUCGCGUCGAUUUUUUUGAAAGGGGGAAAAGCCAAAAAAACCAAAAAAGGAUGUCGACAACCACCCCAAUUACGAGCGAGAAUGUGUCUUCAUUUUUCUCGGAAGUAGACACACGUCUCGUCCUUGAUUUGAACGAACUAAAAUCAAAACAGUCGGCAAGAGAGGGGGGCGAGUUGGAGGGCUACGAUGAGGAACAGAUUAAGCUGAUGGAUGAGCGAUGUAUAGUCGUUGAUGAGAAUGACCAGCCGAUUGGUAGCGGUACCAAGAAGACCUGUCACUUGAUGAGCAACAUCGAUCGCGGACUGCUCCAUCGCGCGUUCUCCGUCUUCUUGUUCGAUUCCAAGAAGCGCCUUCUCCUUCAACAACGUGCCACGGAGAAAAUUACUUUCCCUGACCUUUGGACGAAUACCUGCUGCUCUCACCCUCUGGGCAUCCCCGGCGAGACCGGUGUGGGAUUGGACGCCUCUGUGCAGGGAGUGCGCAGGGCCGCGCAGAGAAAACUGGAGCACGAGCUGGGGAUUAAGCCUGAGCAGGUUCCUCUUGAUAAAUUUGACUUUCUGACAAGAAUUCACUAUAAGGCACCGAGCAAUGGCAAGUGGGGAGAACAUGAGAUUGAUUACAUCCUGUUUGUCCAGGCCGAUGUCGAUCUCGAUGUCAGUCCAAACGAAGUCCGUGACACGAGAUAUGUGACGGCGGACGAGCUGAAGGAUAUGUUUAACCAGCCGGACUUGAAGUUUACGCCGUGGUUCAAGCUCAUUUGCAACUCGAUGCUGUUUGAGUGGUGGGAGAACUAUGGUACCGAUUCGUUCAAGAAAUACCUCAACAGCACGCAGCUGCAUAAAAUGGUGUGAAUCGAUGUCGAAAAGCCAUUUUCAUGCGGGGUUUUCGAGGUCAAUAAAAUACUUUGCUAAGAUGGAGCUGUACGGAACAUUCAAAAGCAGGCAUUUCGGGCAUGGGAAGGUGACGACGUCACCGUUAUUUCAUUCUAACCCAUGAAUAGAAGAAUAGUAAUAAUGAAUUAUACCCUUUUG